CAUCCAGCUGGUCCAAAGUUUAGUUUUGGAUUUAUUGCUAAGCAGGUACGUUAUAGUAAGUCUACAGUUAUUUAUUGGGUUAAAAGAUAUCAUGAAAAUCGAGACCUAAGUAUUUCAGAAAGAUCGGGGCAGCCUUGUGUAAUAUCAGCGAAACAAGAUGACAAGAUUGUAAAGAUGGCAGAGAAAAAACAUAAUAUAACAACCAUUCAAAUACAAGAAAAAAUGGAAGAAAGAGGUGUUAGGAUUAGUGUAGAAACAGUAAGGCGACGUUUUCGUAAGUCUGGAGGAAAGUUUAGUAAUGAAAUUUCUAAACCUUUGCUUAAAGAAGACCAUCGAAAGAAAAGGUUGCAAUGGGCAAAAAAACAUAAGAAUUUUGAUUGGAAUCGAGUUGUUUUUACAGAUGAGAUGUUUCAUUCUAUUAAGCAUCCACCAAAAGUUCAUGUUUGGGGAUGUUUUUCUGCUUCUGGAUUUGUAACAUAG